CAGUAAUGCCCAUUGCCUGUCUUGAAAAUAGAGUAUUCUGCCCUUGACAACAAUGGCUACUGCUACAAAAAUUAUCCAGAGGCUCAGAAAUAUUUUGUCGGGGCAUAAUCUGCAAGCAAAGCUACAGUUGCGUUACGGUGAGAUUGCAAAGAGGACCCUACCACCACCCAAACUUCCUGUUGGGCCCAGCCACAAGUUUGCCUUCAAUUACUAUAAUGGCAGAGAUGGGCGUAGAGAGUCUGCACCUGCAAUGGUUGUGAUGUCGUGUCAAAAGGCCUUGACUGCUUGCCAAGCUCUGGAGGUGCCAGCAAAGCGUCCAGUCACACCUGGAAAUGUUCCCAGGGAGCUAACGCUGUCUACAGACCAGCCAUACCUCUGAACAACAUUGUUUUAUUCCUGACUUAUUGUAGGUCUGACAGCAGAGCACAAUGUUGCUAUAACUAUUGUUCAAAUCUUGUAAAAUAUUAAAUUGUUAAUACAUUA